AUGCCUCACUUUGACGAAAGCAAGGCAUACGCCGUCCAGGAGGAAGUGUUCUUCGACGACGGCCGCGAAAUCGAACUGCUGCACUUUGUUUACAGCCAACCCAAUCUCGAUGAGAUCCGCGGCUCGCCGGAGGGCGUGUUGAAGGCGAUUGACGAUUUUGGCCGGACCAAGAAGUACCUCAUGAAUGUGGGCGAGGACAAGGGCAAGAUUGUAACAGACUUGAUCGCCGAGGUCAAGCCCAAGGUGAUGGUCGAAUUAGGAGGUUACGUAGGCUACUCCUGCAUCCUCUUCGGCGCCGCCGUCCGCAAGGCCUCCCCGGGAGGCGGAGCGCAAUACUUCUCCCUCGAGCGCAACCCCGAAUUCGCCGCCGUCAUCGGCUCCCUCGUCGACCUCGCCGGCCUCACCGACACGGUCAAAGUCGUCGUCGGCCCCAGCGACGCCUCCAUCGCGCGCCUGCACGCCGACGGCAUCUUUUCCAAAAUCGACCUCAUGUUCCUGGACCACUACAAACCCGCCUACACCACAGACCUCAAACUCGCCGAACAACUAGGCCUCGUCGGCCCCGGCUCCGUCCUCGCCGCCGACAACGUCAUUAAGCCGGGAAAUCCGCCUUACUUGGAGUACGUCCGCAGCUCGGUGCCCGAGAAGCGCGCCGCCGCGAGAGACGUCGGUGACGCGAGGAAGGCGGCCGGGUGGCACGACGAGCGCACGGCGAAGCAGUACGAGAAGCGCGAGGGAGAGGAGAGGCUGGACUUGUCGCGCAUCGGGAACCCCAAUCUUCGGUACGAGAGUAAGCUCAUCAACAGCUUUGAGCCGACUGGUGUGCCUGAUGGUGUUGAGAUUACAAGGUGUGUUGGCGAGGAGAAGGAAUGA